CUCUGCGAGACAUCAGACAUGUCGGUAUGCGCUAUGCAUCAUUUUACGCGUCAUUUCCGACAACUCGGUUCGUUCGCGGGGGAAUCAUAAGAAGUCGGCCUUGACGUAGGGCUGGCGACCAAUGCGUCCACCGCGAGAUUCAAUUUUGCAAAGCCUGCACUUUCCUCGCUGAGAGCGUGCCCUUCCACGACAACAUCUCCCACCAACAACAUGAUGAGCGUCCAAGCACCCAGCGCGGCGAUCCCUUUCUCUCUGUUGCGAGAACUACCCCAAGUCACAGCGAGCAUGGACCAAGGAUGGACCUAUUCUGCCAUCGAAUCGUGGAUUGAGGAUACCAUCCAGAAGCUCUCAGUCAAAGCCGGCCCCACGAAAAUGCUGAGUACACUCGUCUCCGAAGACAUCGUGCUGGCUGCAGUAUGCUGCAGCUGCUUGCGCAUCCUCGUCCUUUGCGACCCAGAAUCCGCCACCGAGACGAUCGAAAGUCUGCACGCCGGGACAGGAGCGAACAACGUACAGGCUCUGGUCGUUAACAUGUCCAACUGCCAUCGAUGUUCUGGCGGCAAACUUGGCCGCGAAAGCAUCAAAAGCAGCUUCUUCGAGGAUCAAGCAUUGGCUGCCACUGGCAUGCUGCUAAAGCAGUCAAUGCUGAAGCCCAUGUACAUCCGCGCUGGGCCUGACAGCAAUCGUGUGCUGAAAUCUACCGAGGAAGAAAUUCUGGGCGCAGCAGCUGGUGGGUUGUAUGUCAUGACCCUGGAUGCUUCGAACAUGAAGACAACGCUCGCGACACAGGCGCUGUCACAACUCGUGCAAGAAGGAAUUUCCUGAGAGCUGGAUCACUGUCACCCGAUCACUGCGAAGAUGCGCUCACUGCUUGGAAACAAGUGUGGCAAUCUGAAAAUUGCAAGCGAGAUUCGUGACAGCAGCCAUCUUGCAAUCAAUGUGCAAGAGCAUAACUGUUGGCAAGCAUUGGCCUCUGUAACGCUCAGUGCUGCCGGCACAGUUGUGUGGCAGCCACUUGGGACAUGAAAGGCAUUCGCUGCCACAACAACACAAGCCUGGGGCUUGUCGCAAAGCCCCUCGAUGUGUUGCUUGAAGACAACCCAGCAACGGCGCAGCACCAAAAUACACAGCUCCAAGUCGAGCGACUUCACAAGCACCGCUGAAAGACUUGCUUGGUACUGUUCAGUCAGCAAGAGCCGGCCAGAUCAAUUUGGGGACGACAGAUGUGACGUCCUCCGCCCAGGCGCCACUGCACUGACAGCUGCACUUGACCACGAGCUCCUAGCCAUUUGACAUGGCGUCUUCAGACGAAGCAAAUUCAACAAAGGCAACAAGCGAUCAGGACGCAGUGGACCUCCAUCUUAAAAGGCAGAGCCUGCCCCUCGCAAGCGCCUUGCCAGUGAGCCUCACACUGUCUCAACGUGUGAGGUUUUCCGAACGCGUAUCGCAAGAGACACUUACACCUUUUGCAACUGUCGUCUCCGCACAGUAUAUGGAAAACUUACACGAAUACAAUACUCCACUUGUCAAUUUACAGCACUUCUGGCAGAUUCUCCUAAUCGAGCACGAGUGAACAUUAGCUUUCAGAAUACUCCUACAGAUGAUCGAACGCCUACAAUCUCGAAACAAUCAUACUAUCGACUGCCCUUAUCUAUGUCCAUCUUUUCAAGACCACAUGCGU